AUGGAGGUGUACAGAACAGAGUACAGGACUGAUGGGGCCAGGGACCCAGAAGCCUCCAGCUGGCCCCCUGCAGCCCCUUCUGCCUCCCCCAGCCCCCUAGGCCCUGCCUGGGGAGUUAUCUGGCCUGACAGCAGGGCGCGUGAGGAGAAGGAAGAAGCUCUGCAGGCCUGCAGAGCCUGUAACCCCUGGCACUGCAAGACUGCUCUUCCCACUGCCACCCUGAUUUUCCUACUGCCACCCUGCUCUUCCCACUGCCACCCUGCUCUUCCCACUGCCACCCUGCUCUUCCCACUACCACCCUGCCCUUCCCACUGCCACACUGCUCUUCCCACUGCCACCCUGCCCUUCCCACUGCCACACUGCCCUUCCCACUGCCACACUACUCUUCCCACUGCCACACUGCCCUUCCCACUGCAACACUACUCUUCCCACUGCCACCCUGCUCUUCCCACUGCCACCCUGCCCUUCCCACUGCCACCCUGCUCUUCCCACUGCCACCCUGCUCUUCCCACUGCCACCCUGCUCUUCCCACUGCCACCCUGCCCUUCCCACUGCCACACUGCCCUUCCCACUGCCACCCUGCUCUUCAUACUGCCACCCUGCUCUUCCCACUGCCACCCUGCUCUUCCCACUGCCACCCUGCCCUUCCCACUGCCACACUGCCCUUCCCACUGCCACCCUGCUCUUCCCACUGCCACCCUGCUCUUCCCACUGCCACCCUGCUCUUCCCACUGCCACCCUGCCCUUCCCACUGCCACCCUGCUCUUCCCACUGCCACCCUGCCCUUCCCACUGCCACCCUGCUCUUCCCACUGCAACACUACUCUUCCCACUGCCACCCUGCUCUUCCCACUGCCACCCUGCUCUUCCCACUGCCACACUGCUCUUCCCACUGCCACACUGCUCUUCCCACUGCCACACUGCUCUUCCCACUGCCACCCUACUCUUCCCACUGCCACCCUGCCCUUCCCACUGCCACCCUGCCCUUCCCACUGCCACCCUACUCUUCCCACUGCCACCCUGCCCUUCCCACUGCCACCCUGCUCUUCCCACUGCCACCCUACUCUUCCCACUGCCACCCUACUCUUCCCACUGCCACCCUGCCCUUCCCACUGCAACACUACUCUUCCCACUGCCACCCUGCUCUUCCCACUGCCACCCUACUCUUCCCACUGCCACCCUGCUCUUCCCACUGCCACCCUACUCUUCCCACUGCCACCCUACUCUUCCCACUGCCACCCUGCCCUUCCCACUGCCACCCUACUCUUCCCACUGUCACCCUGCCCUUCCCACUGCCACACUACUCUUCCCACUGCCACACUGCCACCCUGCCCUUCCCACUGCCACCCUGCUCUUCCCACUGCCACCCUGCUCUUCCCACUGCCACCCUGCUCUUCCCACUGCCACACUGCUCUUCCCACUGCCACCCUGCUCUUCCCACUGCCACCCUGCUCUUCCCACUGCCACCCUGCCCUUCCCACUGCCACACUACUCUUCCCACUGCCACACUGCCACCCUGCCCUUCCCACUGCCACCCUGCUCUUCCCACUGCCACCCUACCCUUCCCACGGCCACCCUGCUCUUCCCACUGCCACCCUGCUCUUCCCACUGCCACCCUGCUCUUCCCACUGCCACCCUGCCCUUCCCACUGCCACCCUGCCCUUCCCACUGCAACACUACUCUUCCCACUGCCACACUGCCACCCUGCUCUUCCCACUGCCACACUGCUCUUCCCACUGCCACCCUGCUCUUCCCACUGCCACACUGCUCUUCCCACUGCCACCCUGCUCUUCCCACUGCCACCCUGCCCUUCCCACUGCAACACUACUCUUCUCAUUGCCACCCUGCUCUUCCCCUCUACUCUGUACUGUCUGUGGAGGACUAUACCUUACAAACUGUACACCACAGGGGGGCACCUUCAUUGGAGAGGAGGGGCUCAGGGUAA